CUCACCCGGCUGCGGUGACAAUGCCGAGGGUUUGGGUGACCCUGGAAGGGUCCUGGGAAGGGAAUUCCCUGGGAUAAAGCGUCCCCGAGGUCCGGGAUUGUCACCGCCGUCCCCUCCCCAGUCAGAGCGGGCAGCGCCGGUUUCUCCUCGUGGACAAUUCGGGGACAAUUCGGAGAGAAUUUGGGGACAAUUUUGCGGCCGCUGAAGGCUCGCACGGACCUCGGGAAUUCCUGCGCUGCCGCUUUUCAAAAUCCGAGGAGUGAAAGGAACGAAUCCAGGAAUGAAUCCAGGCCCUUCCUGCUCGGAGCUGAGGGACAAUUUCUCCCUGGUGAUCCCAAGGAGAGCUGAGAGGGACCAGGACACAAAGCCAUGCCCAGCCCUGGUGACACCAGCACCGAGCCAGGACCACAGGGCGCGGAUGAGUCGGCGGCUCCGAGUCACUCCGGGAGAGCCACGGGGCUGGCGGGAGCCGGCGGCUCCUCCGGCGGCCCCAUAAAAGCUCCAGCGGAGCCGGGACGCUCCGGUCGCCUCUGGAAGCUCUUCCCGCCCCCGGGAGUUGGUCCUGCCACGUGUCCCCAUGAUGUCCUGCCACCUGCACCAGCACCUCCCUCCGCUCUACCAGGACCCCGUGGCGCUGUCCCCCGGCGUCCCCUUCCCGCCUCAGCGGUGGCACUCCACCGCCUGCAUCCCCCAGGCCGCGCCCGGCCAGGCGCCCCUGCAGCGGGCCACGUCCUGCAGCGUGUGCCACCAGGAGAGCGUCACCCCGGCCGUGCCGCCCCGCCAGCUCCACGGAUCCCCCUGCGUGCCCCAGCGCCUCCUGCAGCAGCAGAUUGUCCCCAGGAGGGUGACAACGUGCGUGCCACCGCAGCAGCGCGUGGCCGGCGGCGCGGGCGUCACCCAGUGCGUGCCACAGCAGGUGGGGGUGACCCAGUGCGUGCCACAGCAGCUGCAGGUGCCACAGCGCUGCCCGCCCGUCCCCCAGCAGCAGAAGACUGUCCCCAGGUGUGUCACCACCUGCGUGCCGCAGCAGCGCCUGGAGGGCGGCGCGGGUGUCACUGGCGUCACCCAGUGCGUGCCGCAGCAGCUGCAGGUGCCACCGCCCCAGUGCGUCCCCCAGCAGCAGAAGAUUGUCCCCAGGUGCGUCACCACCUGCGUGCCGCGGCCGCCGUUUGUCACCAAGGGCGUCCCGCAGCAGCAGAGCGCCACCAGGUGUGUCCCCCAGCAGUGUGUGACCAGCGUCUGUCCCCAGCAGGGUGUCCCCACGUGUGUCACCACCUGUGUCCCCCAGCAGCGCGCGGCCAGGGGCGUCUCCUACCAGUGGGUGACAGCGCCCGUCCCCCAGCAGUGGCAGAGUGUCACUGCCGGUGUCCCCCAGCAGUGGCACAGCAGGUGUGUCACCAAGUGUGUCCCGCAGCAGUGUGACACCGGCGGGGCCAGCAUUUGUGUCCCGCAGCAAAGUGCCACCAAGGGUGUCCCCCAACAAAGUGCCACCAAGUGUGUCCCCCAGCAGUGUGUGAGCAAGAGUGUCACCCAACAAAGUGCCAGCAAAUGUGUCCAACAGCAAUAUGGGACAAUCGGUGUCCCCCAGCAAAGUGCCACCAAGUGUGUCCCACAGCAAUAUGGGACAAUCUGUGUCCCCCAGCAAAGUGUCACCAAGGGUGUCCCCCAACAAAGUGCCACCAAAUGUGUCCAACAGCAAUAUGGGACAAUCUGUGUCCCCCAGCAAAGUGCCACCAAGUGUGUCCCCCAGCAAAAUGCCACCAAGUGUGUCCCCCAGCAGUGUGUGAGCAAGAGUGUCACCCAACAGAGUGCCACCAAGUGUGUCCCCCAGCAGAGCGUGACCAAAUGUGUCCCCCAGCAAGGCAUGGCCAAGUGCGUCCCCCAGCAAAGCACCACCAAAGGUGUCACCCAGAAGUAUGGGACAGUUUGUGUCCCCCAGCAAAGUGCCACCAAGUGUGUCCCCCAGCAAAGUGUCAAGUGUGUCCCUCAGCAGUGUGGCACAAUUUGUGUCCCUCAGCAGAGUGUAACCAAGUGUGUCCCCCAGCAAUAUGGGACAAUCUGUGUCCCCCAGCAAAGUGCCACCAAAUGUGUCCCCCAGCAGUAUGGGACAAUUGGUGCCCCCCAGCAGUGUGUGACCAAGUGUGUCCCCCAGCAAAGUGCCACCAAGUGUGUCCCCCAGCAAAGUGUCAAGUGUGUCCCCCAGCAGUAUGGGACAAUUGGUGCCCCCCAGCAGUGUGUGACCAAGUGUGUCCCCCAGCAAAGUGCCACCAAGUGUGUCCCCCAGCAAUAUGGGACAGUUUGUGCCCCCCAGCAAAGUGCCACCAAGUGUGUCCCCCAGCAAAGUGCCACCAAGUGUGUCCCCCAGCAAUAUGGGACAGUUUGUGCCCCCCAGCAGUGUGUGACCAAGUGUGUCCCCCAGCAAAGUGCCACCAAGUGUGUCCCCCAGCAAAGUGCCACCAAGUGUGUCCCCCAGCAGUCCGGUGGAGUGAAGAUCUCCAGCCACUCCAAGAAAUACUGCUCGGCCCCCAAGUGGCCCUGGUGACCCCCAGGGUGUGUGAUGAGGACAAUUCCUGGAAUGUGGCCACAAUUCCCAUUUUUUUUAAACCCGCAGAGUCCCCAAACAGCAAUUCCCCAAAAUGUCCCUCCUGAAGUUUUUAUUCUUUGAUUAAGAGAAAAACCACAACUUGAAAUGAAAACUCUUCAAAAUAAUGAAAGUUAUAGCAGGGUUAUUUUAUAAAUGUUUCAUUUAAAAGGUAAUUAAUUAAAUUCUUUAUGCUGGAGAUG